CUCUCUCUCUCUCUCUGGCCGUCAGCGGACUCCUUUCUCUGAACACGUCUUUCUCUGAAAUGUGUGUGUGCGCGAAAGAGAGAGGAGGAAUAAAGUGUGUGUGUGCGUGUGAGGGUGCAUGUCCGGAGCAAGUAAAGGCAGGGGGAUUAUUCGGCGCUAUCGAAAUAUUUCAACACGUCGCCCUCGCUGCAGGACUGAAGCCAAUAAGAAGGAACCCUUUUUAACAGGAAUGCCGAUAUUGUAAACAGCAGCAGAAGAGAAAGAAUGCGCCGCAGUCAAUUAAGUGACUCACCCCAGUUGGUUUAAUUCGACUUAAUGUCCGAAAGCCAGCGAGACACAGAAGGUGUCCGAUGCGCGUCAAGCUCCGAAGAAAAUCGCUCUCGCAGCACUCUUGAAGAUUAAUGGAGAACAUUUUUACAUUUCACUUUGCAGACUUUUGAUCAAAAUUCAGCAAAGGACUGUAGCUUUCCCAGCAACUUGUGAAGAAAAAAAAAAUACUGGAUGCUUGUUCCUGCCGAAGUUGAAGGAGGAAUUUCCUAAGCUUUCCAGCUUCAGAUUUAUUUUUCUUUUCGUCUUUUUUUAUUUUUGUCCUCACUUGCUGCUCCUGUACGCAGGCUCCACUCUUGUAAGAAAUAUUGUUCUCCAUCCAACCAGUCGUCUACAUUUGUUGCCUGCACUUGGAUGAACUUCCUGAUGAGAGAUCCAGUCAUACAGGGAUCAAGUAUGGCAUAUCAUCCGUUUAUACCUCACCGGGGUCCGGAAUUUGCCAUGAGUGCAAUGCUGGGUCACCAGCCUCCUUUCUUCCCGGCCCUGGCUCUCCCUCCCAGCGGCUCGCUCUCUCUGCCGGGCGCCCUCGGAAAGCCGAUCAUGGACCAGCUGAUGGGAGCCGCGGAGACCGGCUUGCACUUCUCCUCUCUGGGGCACCAGGCUGCGGCCGCCCACCUCAGGCCUCUGAAGACUCUGGAGCCUGAGGAGGAGGUGGAGGACGACCCAAAAGUUCACCUGGAAGCCAAGGAGCUUUGGGAACUCUUCCACAAGAGAGGCACUGAGAUGGUGAUCACAAAAUCUGGAAGGCGAAUGUUUCCCCCGUUCAAAGUGAGGUGCACCGGUCUGGACAAGAAGGCCAAAUACAUACUCUUGAUGGAUAUAGUUGCAGCCGACGACUGCAGGUACAAAUUUCAUAACUCCCGCUGGAUGGUGGCAGGAAAGGCCGACCCCGAAAUGCCAAAGAGGAUGUACAUUCACCCGGACAGUCCGGCUACUGGCGAACAGUGGAUGUCAAAAGUCGUCAAUUUUCACAAACUCAAGCUGACAAAUAACAUCUCCGACAAGCAUGGAUUUGUAAGUUCAACUAAUACCAUUCUUAACUCGAUGCACAAAUAUCAGCCUCGAUUUCACAUUGUGAGGGCCAACGAUAUUCUCAAACUCCCGUACAGUACCUUCAGGACUUAUGUUUUUCCUGAAACGGAUUUCAUUGCCGUGACUGCUUAUCAGAAUGACAAGAUAACCCAACUGAAAAUAGACCAUAACCCAUUUGCCAAAGGAUUCCGUGACACUGGCAAUGGGAGGCGGGAAAAGAGGAAACAGCUGGCUCUGCAAUCCAUGCGUUCAUACGAGGAGCAGCAGAAAAAGGAAAACGGGGCCUCAGACGACUCCUCUGGAGAGCAGGCUUCCUUUAAGUGCUUCGGCCAGGCCUCGUCCCCCGCAGUGUCCACAGUGGGCCCCCCACACCUGAAAGAUUUCUGCGACAGCGAUGAAGACAGCGACGAUGAGAGCAAAGAUGGACACAAUAAAGAUGGUCCGGACUCCAGCAAGAUUUCCACCACCACGGAGGACGGGAAGGAUCAUGAAGCGAGCCCAGCGAAGGGCCAUCCCUUCACUAACAGUGACUCUACCAGCAGGGUCCGCGAAAGCGGCCCCAGGACUGAGAAAAGCCAGGCAGACUCACGACAGAGCCCCAUCACUGUCAUCUCCAGCACCACUCGCUCUGGAGAAGACCUCAAGAGUCCGAACCUGGACCAGCCCAAAACGGACGAAUGUAGGUCAAUAAGCAAGGACAGCUUCAUGCCUUUGACUGUUCAGACUGACAGCGCACACAUAGGCCACAGCCACCUGCAUAACUUUGGAUUUCCAACAGGCCUAACAGGACAACAGUUUUUCAAUCACCUCGGAAGUGCGCAUCCGUUUCUCUUGCACCCCAGUCAGUUCAACAUGGGAGGUGCAUUCUCAAACAUGGCCGCGGGCAUGGGACCACUAUUGGCAGCCGUGUCCACAGGAGGGGUGAGCACCAUGGACACAACUAGCAUGGCAUCCCCUCCGCAGAGCUUGACGGGGGCGCCGGGCCUGCCCUUUCAUCUGCAGCAACAUGUCUUGGCAUCACAGGGCAUUGCCAUGUCUCCGUUUGGCAGUUUGUUCCCUUAUCCGUACACUUACAUGGCAGCGGCCGCGGCAGCCUCGUCUGCCGCCUCUUCCUCGGUGCACCGGCACCCCUUCCUGAACGCAGUGCGCCCCCGACUCAGGUACAGCCCUUACUCCCUCCCCAUGACGGUACCGGACAGCACCCUGCUCACCACCGCCAUGCCCUCCAUGGCCAGCGGCGGCACGGAGCUGAAAGCGGACGGCAUCGUCCCGGCCAGCCCGGUGUCCGCUGUCACCCUGGAUUCCACAUCGGAGGUGACGAGCCACUUGUCCACAAUAUCCUCCGGAUCGGUCUCAAUUUCCCCAAAAACUUGCACGGAGAAGGACGCCGCCAACGAGCUCCAGAGCAUCCAGCGACUGGUCAGUGGACUGGACACGAAUCAGGACAGGCCACGGAGCGGAUCCCCUUAGGAUUGUCUUUGUUUCUCUCUUUUUUUUUUUUUUUUAAUAAAACUCACCACCUGCUUCUCGUUUCGUUGUUGUCAUGAAAAGUGUUGACGCUGAUGAAGACAUUUAGGAGGACACCCUCGUAGAUUCACGCAGGUUUUAAAAGGAAAAACAAAAAAAACAACUAAAAACUGUUGGACUUUUUAGUUUCUGAAAUGCACUUUGUUUAAUACAUCUAAUAUGUAUAUUUCUUUCUCUCUUUCUUUUUUGUUUUUGUUAAAUUAAACAACACUUUUAUCCUGUCAUUUGAAUACCGUACAAGUAUUGAAGCUUCAGCGUUGGCACGGGGGUGUGGACUUACAGACUUUGAGGAGAAGUUGCUGCUGUGUCCCGUCUCCUAACUUUAUUGUACACGAGGAGAGAUGUGUUUUAAUAUGCACUCGGAAUUGAUUGGACUUAUUUGAAUUCACUACCGUUCGACCUACCUUUUUAAAAGACUGCUGUAUUUUGUUGUACACUAUUAAUUGAUCGAUUGAACAAAUCUUGCAUGUCCUAAAACCUCCCCAUCGAAUGUUUUUUUUUAUUUUUAAUUAUUAUUUUUAAGCAUAGGAAAUAUUCUGUUUUGAAUAUAUUCAACACACUUUAAAUUGUCUUUUUAAUUGGGUUAUCAAAUUUGAAAAAAACAUUUUAUUUUUUUUCUUUAAAAAAAUCAGAAUAGGCCUACUGAGAUGACUGGUGCUCCGGGACUAAACUGUGGCCCAAGCAUGCGUAAUUUUAGCCCAAAACAGGCAAAGGGAAGCAGAAAUUUAAAGUAAAUAUUAACAAAACAAAAAAAAAUGAAAGGUAGUAUUGAUCAUCGGUGUAAAUAGGGAUAUAUAAAAUAUUUAUGUAAUUAUUUCAUAUUGUUAUUGCGUGUAAAUACAACGGAGUAGUUCGUUUCUAGGGAUCUGUUCUUAAUUUAUUGUCGAUAUACCUGUGUAAAGAUAGUUUGUGGGCUAUUAUCCUUUUUUUUGUUGCCAUCUGCAUUUAUACCCCCCCUUUUAAAAUAUGGACUUUAAUCCCUUCCCCCCCUAAAAAAAAAAAAAAAUAUCCACCGAGCUAGUUAUUCACACUCAUGUGCCAUUGUAUUUUCACUUGUUGUCCCCGUGUGUGAAGUGCUACUGUUUAAACCGAAUGAAAAAGCGACAACGCACUGCACCAAUGGCUUGAAAAAGAAAAAAAAAGAUCUUUUUUUGUUUUGUUUUGAAGAGCAAAAGAAGUGUCGUUGAAGUGUGACAAAAAAAAAGUGGACUAUUUUUUUUUUCUGUUAUUAAAAAAAAAGAAGAAAAAAAAAAACAACAACUUUGCGAACCUGAUCGUAAAAGUGCCGCAUAAUAGUUUCUUUUGUGUUUCUUAAGUUGUCAGUGGGGUUAUGUUGUAUUGGAGUUCUGUCUAGUUUACAACAUCGACAUUCGUGUUCUUGAAAGUUUCAAUAAAAAUAUUGAAAUGCCA